UCAUUGAAGAACCAUCCAGUCGUACGUCAUUCUCAGGACUAUCCCUACACCUGAGACUCAGAGAACACGCACACUACUACAUAAUACGCCUUCCAGCAAACAGCCGCGAUCCUCGCAUUUUGGAAACCGAAGGGCCUUGUCACCGCCGUGUAACACGCUAGACUACGCGAAACCAUAAUGUCUCCGAGUCACCCCCUCAUCGGCAAGCCUGCACCUACCCUCACGUUGCCCAAUCACAAUGGUGAGACCUACACUAUAACACCUGGCGCAAACGGGGUGCCUAUUGCUCUGUUCUUCUAUCCCGAAUCAGGGUCGUUCGGCUGCACCAAGGAGGCCUGCGACUUCCGAGACGCUCUUGCCGCGAAGGAACUUUACAAGCGAACAAAAGUGGACAUCGUUGGUGUGAGCAAGGAUCCCGUUGAGAAACAGAAGGCUUUCGUGGAGAAGCAGAAGUUGACGUACCCUGUUCUGAGCGAUGCGAAUGGGGAGGCAAGGAAGGCGUACCACGUAGGAAAGGGCCUCAUGGGUCUCACGGACGCACGCGUCACCUUCUUCAUCGACUCCAAGGGAGUCGUUCGUGAUGCACUAGACACAACGAUCAACUAUGGCGCGCACGAGAAGUUCGUCACGAAGUGGCUCGAUAAGAUUGACGCAGAGGAGAAGCAGGAUACCCAGGCUAGCGGAGCAGUUCCCACUCCAGAACCUGCGGCUGGAGGACAACCCACCGAAGCGCAGCCCACGGCACCGGCUAGUGACGCGGCCUAAGCUUAGCACGAUUCACAUCGACCCAUACCGCUAUCUGCGGGCUACGUACCGAGCUUGGGAAAGAAUUCGAAGGAUUGAGUUCUACGUAGGCUUGGCCUGGA